GCAGGCCUAUUCAAAAUAACCAGCCAGUUGGCACCAUGGAAAAUGAAAGAAUUGCAGAAAAACUGAAUGACCCUAAAGAAUAUGCCAGAGUUUGGGGUAAGAGGAAUAAAGGUCAAGAAGUAAUCAAAUCAUCAAGAGAAUUGACUGAAAUUAAACAAUUAGAAGAAGAAAAACAAAGAAUGAGAAGCUCAAACAAAAUAUCUCCAUUAUGGUUAAUUCCAUAG